CGAAUAAUGGCACCUCGAGACGCGGAUGCAUUACCGGACGCGAUGCCCAUUCCACGACCGGUCGUGACGGAUUUUGGCGAUGCGCUGAACUUGACCGCCGCCGCGUCGCCUUUCUCGCAUGGACUGAAUGGCGUGGAUCAGUACAUGAAUUAUUUGUUUGCGAAUGCUAUUGUCGGGUCAUUUCUGGCUCUUCUUGGAUUAACACUAAUAUACCGAUGGAUCAAGAUGGGAAAUGCGCAUAUGCGGCAUUUAUUCACGAUGAAUCGCGACUCUGACCAGAGAUAUUUCAUGCACAAUCAUGGAGAUUUCUGGCCGAAGGUGAAGAGGUCCAUUCUAUAUGCGCCGCUGUGGAAGAAUCGCCACAACAAGGAGAUUCAGAUUACGCAGGCCGUCACCAUCGGCACGUUGCCAUCUCGAUUUCAUACAGUGCUUUUGCUGGCGUAUGUUCUCAGUAAUAUCGCAUACUGCCUCGCUCUGGACUGGACGAAGCCGGAUUACGAAGUUGUUGCAGAGCUGCGCGGACGAACUGGAGUACUGGCUGCACUAAACCUCAUCCCGACGGUCCUCUUCGCACUGAGGAACAACCCAUUAAUACCGAUCCUCAAGGUUUCCUACGACACAUUUAAUCUCCUCCAUCGAUGGUGUGCCAGGAUCAUGGUGUUCGAGAGCAUCAUCCACACCAUCAUGUGGGCAGUGAACGCAGUCAAGGCGGGAGGGUACGAUCAGAUCUCCAUCUCGCUGUCCACCAGCAUGAGCUACACCUGGGGAAUGGUCGGAACAGGACUGUUCACUUUCAUGGCAUUGUCGGCGUUUGGACCGUUGAGACAUGCUGCGUACGAGACGUUCAUCAACUCGCAUCGACUGAUGGUGUUGGUUUCGAUCAUUGCGGUGUACCUCCACCUGGAUCUGGCGAAUCUGCCGAUGCUGCCGUAUGUGCAGUUGAGUUUGGCAUUCUGGGCUGCGGAGGUGGUGUGGAGAAUAGGCAGGAUUCUCUACCACAAUGCGAGCCGUAAGCGAGGAUUGACCAAAGUGACGGUGGAAUGGCUACCGAAUGACGCCUGUCGGGUGACAUUCGAGUUGUCAAGACCGUGGAAGUGGAGGCCUGGAUGUCAUGUGCACGCGUAUAUUCCUACGCUAGCAUUGUGGUCCAGCCAUCCCUUCUCCAUCGCUUGGGCGGAGAACCGCUCCCAAGGAGCCCCGAUGGAGAUUGAGAUGGAGAAGUUUGACAAGAUGCCCGCAUCCUCAACAGGCAUCUUCGACCCGGCCGCCGCGCAACGAAACAGCCACUUUGGCGCACGAUCGUCCUCACCCACCUCCUCCAUCCACAAACUCCCAAAACUCGCACCCACCACCACUCUCACCCAAACGACAUCUCACGCCUCCUCAAAUCACGACCACCCCACCCCCGACCUCACCCUCCCCCGCGACGCAAACGUCACCUCCCUCUCCCUCGUGAUCCGCGCUCGCACCGGCAUGACCCGCCACAUGUACAACCGCGUGGCCGCAAGUCCAACCCGCUCCUUCACAACCUGGGGCGCCAUCGAGGGCCCUUACGGCGGGCAUGAAUCCCUCUCCUCCUACGGCACCGUCAUCCUCUUCGCCGGCGGCGUGGGAAUCACGCAUUGCAUCGGCUACAUCCGGCACCUGCUCCUGCAAUACCAAGCCGGCACGACAUCCACACGGAAAAUCCUUCUCGUAUGGUCCGUCCCCACGACGGAAUCUCUCGAAUGGGUGCGCGCAUGGAUGGACACGAUUUUACGCAUGGAAUGUCGGAGAGAAGUCCUCCGCAUCCAACUCUUCGUCACAAAACCACGGCAUCGAGGAGAGGUUGUCAGCUCGACGGGAAGCGUGCAGAUGUUUCCCGGACGAUGUAAUCCCACGACGAUUUUGAAGAGGGAGGUUCCCGAGCGGAUUGGAGCGAUGGGCGUCACGGUUUGUGGACCGGGAGCGUUUGCGGAUAAUGUGAGGGCGGCGUGUCGGAGUGUGGUGAGGGAAGUCCAAUUGGACUUUGUGGAGGAGGCGUACACGUAUUGA